AUGGUCGCCCCGCAGAAGCCCCGGCUCCUCUCCCGGACCUUGUUCCUGGCACUCUUUUUCCUGCCCCAGGCGCAGCCGGCCGGCGUCUUCGAGCUACAGAUCCAUGCUUUCCAGCCGGGGCCUGGCCCCGGGGCUCCGCGGUCGCCUUGCAGCACCCGGGGCCCCUGCCGCCUCUUCUUCCGGGUCUGCCUGAAGCCCGGGGUCUCCGAGGAGCCCGCGGAGUCCCCGUGCGCCCUGGGCGCGGCGCUGAGCGCGCGCGGACCCAUCUACGGCCGGCAGCCUGGGGCGCCCGCGUCUGAGCUGCCGCUGCCCGACGGCCUCCUGCGCGUUCCCUUCCACGACGCCUGGCCGGGUGCUUUCUCUCUCGUGAUUGAGACCUGGCGCGAAGAGUUAGGAGAGCAGAUGGGAGGGUGCGGCCCGGGGCAGCGGCCCUGCGCGCCCCCGGAGGAUGAGUGCGCGCCGCCCUUGGCAUGUCGAGCAGGCUGCAGCCCAGAGCACGGCUUUUGUGACCGUCCGGAUGAGUGUCAGUGCCUGGAGGGAUGGUCUGGGCCCCUCUGCACUGUCCCCAUUGCCACCAGCAGCUGCCUCAGCCCCAGGGGCCCAUCCUCGGCCAGCGCUGGAUGCCUCCUGACUGGUCCUGGGAACCCCUGUGACGUGAACCCCUGUGCCAACGGGGGCAGCUGCAGUGAAACGCCGGGCUCCUUCGAGUGUGCCUGCCCCCGAGGCUUCUACGGUCUGCGGUGUGAGGUGAGCGGGGUGACAUGCGCAGAUGGACCCUGCUUCAAUGGCGGCUUGUGUGUUGGGGGCGCAGACCCCAAUUCUGCCUACGUUUGCCACUGCCCGCCGGGCUUCCAGGGCUCCAACUGUGAGAAGAGGGUGGACCGGUGCAGCUUGCAGCCCUGCCGGAAUGGCGGGCUCUGCUUGGACCUGGGCUAUGCCCUGCGCUGCCGCUGCCGCGCGGGCUUCGCGGGCCCGCGAUGCCAAAAUGACAGCGAGGACUUGUCCAACUUGUACGUGCACUAUGAGGCCAUUGAAAACACCUCCCUUGAAAACUGA